CCUCCUCCCCGCCGCCCUCCCGGCCUGCGCCCGCGGCAUCUCUGUAGCGAAAAGAGAAGCAGAGGCACCUCGCUGGGCCGAUCCCCCGAUGGCGUCGUCCUUGGAAGCGGACCUCCCCGCGACGGUCUCCCCGGGCCCCGGCCCGCUCCAGACGCCCACGUUCUUCCCGCGCCUCAGGUUCAAUCCCACGGUGGGGCACAUCGCGCUCUCCGAACACAACGACGGCAAGUUCAACUGCUCGAUUUACGUGCCCUCGCUCUACCAGGAUGUUGCCGUCAUCUCCUGGUGGAAGGACGGGAAGGAACUCCUCGGGGCCCAUCACGCCAUCACUCAUGUUUAUUCGGACAACGAGAUGACCGCCAUUAUAUCUUCUAUCAGCAUAAGCAACGUGCAGCGUUCUGAUAACGGAUCCUACGUCUGCAAGCUGAAAAUCAACCAGGAGGAAGUAGUGUCCGAUCCCAUUGACUUCGAAGUAGAAGGACUGCCUCACUUCAUUCGGCACCCUGGGAGCUUGAAUGUGAGCAGAAACACCACCUUCAACCUCACCUGUCACGCUGUGGGUCCUCCUGAACCCGUCAAGAUCUACUGGAUUAGAAAUAGCAGGCGAGUGGACACGGUGCAGGAGAAAUCUCCUUCCACACUAACUGUUGCAGGUCUGACUGAAUCGGCCGUGUUCAGUUGUGAAGCUCACAAUGAUAAAGGGCUGACUGUCUCUAAGGCAGGACAGAUCAAUAUUAAAGCCAUUCCCUCACCACCGACUGCAGUCUGGGUCCAAAACAGGACGGCCCAUAGCAUUCUGGUCUCCUGGACUCCAGGCUUUGAUGGCUAUUCCCCUUUCAACGUGUGCAGAGUUCAGGUUAAGGAAGCAGAGCCACUGAAUAAUGCAUCAGUCAUGAUGUUUACCACCUCCGCCUCCCCACAUCUGUACCGAAUCGAACAGCUGCAGGCUCUGGCUAACUAUAACAUUGGUAUUUCUUGCACGAAUGAAGUCGGCUGGUCGGCAGUGAGCGACUGGAUUGUGGCCAGUACCACGGAAGGAGCCCCGUCGGCCGCCCCUUCGAAUGUGUCCAUACAUUUGAACGAAUCCAGCAAUUCCCUGGAAGUCAGAUGGUUGACACCUCCAAUCAAGCAGCGCGAAGGAGCCCUGUUGGGCUUCUUCAUCGUCCAUUGCUGGCGAGAGCCAGAGGACCGCUGCUCGGAAGACCACCGGAAUUCCAGUUGGGCGUUCAUUCCCAUCGAGGCCACCAACGCCACAGUCACCGUCCGAGUGGCAGCCGUGACAAGCGGCGGCACGGGACCCCUCAGUGACCCCGUGGAAUUCUUCAUUCCGGGAGUCGGUUUCGCCAACUCCGCCCCGUCGUCGACCCCGGCCCCCGGAAACUCGGAUCCUGUGGUGAUCGUCCUCGCGUGCCUCUGUGGAGUGACGCUGAUUGGGCUGGUUCUGUACCUCACUGUGGCUAUUAGGAGGAGAGCGCAGGAAACGAGAUUUGGGAACGCCUUCAGUGAGGAGGAUUCGGAACUGGUAGUGAAUUACAAAGCCAAGAAGUCAUUCAGUCGGAGAGUUAUCGAACUCACCUUAAGCAGCUUGGGAGUCAGUGAAGAGCUGCAAAAUAAACUGGAAGACGUGGUGAUUGACAGAAGCCUUCUAACUCUUGGGAAAAUUCUGGGAGAGGGAGAGUUUGGGUCAGUGAUGGAAGGAAAUCUUAAUCAGCCCGAUGGGACCUGUCAGAAAGUCGCAGUAAAAACUAUGAAGCUGGAUAACUUUUCCCAAAGGGAGAUCGAGGAGUUUCUCAGCGAAGCCGCCUGCAUGAAAGACUUCGAUCACCCAAAUGUUAUCAAACUCCUAGGUGUGUGCAUAGAAAUGAGCUCUCAGCGGGUGCCCAAGCCAAUGGUGAUCCUGCCCUUCAUGAAGUACGGAGAUUUACACACUUACCUUCUCUACUCCAGGCUGAAGACCAGCCCCCAGCCCAUGGCUGUGCAAACCCUGUUGAAGUUCAUGGUGGAUAUCGCGCUGGGGAUGGAGUAUCUGAGCAGCAGGAAUUUCCUUCACCGAGACUUAGCGGCUCGCAACUGCAUGCUCCGGGAUGAUCUGACCGUCUGCGUGGCCGACUUUGGACUCUCUAAGAAGAUCUACAGCGGAGACUACUACCGGCAAGGACGUAUCGCGAAGAUGCCAGUGAAAUGGAUUGCUCUAGAGAGUCUUGCUGAUCGCGUCUACACCAGCAAAAGCGAUGUGUGGGCGUUUGGAGUGACCAUGUGGGAGAUCGCCACUCGAGGGAUGACGCCAUACCCCGGGGUGCAGAAUCACGAAAUCUACGACUACCUGCUUCACGGCCACCGACUCAAACAGCCGGAUGACUGCCUCGAUGACUUGUACGCAAUCAUGUCCGGUUGUUGGGCGGCCAACCCCCUGGACCGCCCCACCUUCACGGUGCUAAAGGUCCAACUGGAGAAGCUCCUGGAGAGUCUGCCCGAGGCCCAGGAAAAAGCCGACACCCUGUACAUCAACACCUUCUGGCAGGAGGACUGGACGGAAUCCGCGGAGGACCCCGACUUGUCCGACUUGGACAUGAGCCUGGACUCCAGCUACAUCAUAGCCUCCUGCUCCUCCGCCCCCAACGGCGGCGUGGUCAAGGCCGACGUCCACCAGACGCCCCUCCUUCCCGAAGAGAGGUACAUCCUGAAUGGGACGGCCGAAGAGGAAGACGUCCCCGAGCCGCCCCCCCCGGCCGCGGGGAUCCGUGCGUCGUCGGAAGACGCGACGGUCAGGAACGGGGCCGCGUGGUCUCAGGGGGGAUCUCCGGCACCGGGGGAUGCCCUGCCGGACGGACUGCUCUGUGCAGACGACUCCUCGGAGAGCUCCGAAAUCCCCGUGUGAAUAUCCGCUCCCGGGAGGAGGCAACGAGAUCAUUCGGAACUAUCAUUCGGUUAACUCCGCGCUCUCGAGUGCCUUUGGAAUGUUGUCCAGAACAUACCUGGAAAAUGCAUAAUAUAUAUAUAUAUAAAUAUAUAUAU